GCAGCGAGAGGACUCAGGCUGCGGGCCGCCCGCUGCCUGCUGUUGUGGUGCGGCAGGUCAGCCGAGGGCGGGGCGUGCUGUGUUUUCACCUGGUGCGCGGCGCAGCGCGCGGGGCGCGGGGCGGGCCCGUCCGCGAGCCGCGCUGAAGGUCGUCCUGUACGGGCCGUCUGCACACUACGUCGGUGACCGCGCGGCGCGCAGGGACGGCUGUUCAGUGCUGUGUGGCGCCGCUGUCCAGUCGGCCACUUUCCCAGCCCGCGGCCAGUGCGCGAGCGGCCCGAGCACGAGCGGCUACUCGUGGACGGAGCGGAGCGGCCGGACCCAGGGCGAGAGGACUCUGCGGGCAGGGGUCGGUGAGCGCCACCAGCACAGUCACGUUCAGCCGAGGGACAGACUGACCUGACCUGACCUGACCUGACCUGACCUGACCUGACCUGACCUGACCUGGCCUGACCUGGUCCGUCCGGUCGACGCCAUGGCCACGGACGCGGUAACUGCCGUCGCCGAGACCGUUCAGAAGGUCGGCAUCAACGUGGAUGAACUGGUGACGCGCUUCUCAGCGGUGGACUAUGUGGUGUUUGCGCUCCUGCUGGCCAUCUCUCUGGGCAUUGGCCUCUACUACGGCCUCUGUCACAGUAAGGAGAUGGCAGACACGGAAGGGUACCUGCUCGGAGGCCGUCAGAUGGGCACCUUCCCGGCGGCCAUGUCGCUCAUAGCCAGUUUUAUGUCGGCUAUCACUCUACUAGGGACUCCUGCAGAAGUGUAUCAGAACGGCACACAGUACUGGCUCAUAGGCUUCUCGUACUUUCUUGUCACGCCGGCCGCAGCGUAUCUCUACAUGCCGAUCUUCUUUGACCUCAGGGUCAUCUCAGCGUACGAGUAUUUGGAGCUGCGGUUCUCAAAGACCAUCCGUGUGUUGGGAGGAGCGAUUUUCUGUAUUCAAAUGGCCAUUUACAUGGCAAUCGUGGUGUAUGCCCCUUCACUGGCUCUGUCACAAGUAACUGGAAUCAACGUCUACCUCUCGGUCUGCGUCAUCUUCUUCGUCUGCAUCAUCUACACCACACUGGGCGGCAUGAAGGCGGUGCUGUGGACGGACACCGUGCAGGUCAUCAUCAUGUUCGGCGCCAUCAUGGCCGUCAUUAUCAAGGGCUCGAUCGACGUCGGCGGCUUCGACGUGGUGUGGCAGACGGCCGUCAAUGGAGACCGCAUCGAGUUCUUCAACUUCGACCCGAGCCCGGGCGUGCGGCACACAGUGUGGACGCUGGUGAUCGGCGGCUACUUCACCUGGAUCACCAUCUACGGCGUCAACCAGGCCCAGGUGCAGCGGUACCUCUGCGUGUCCACCAAACGCAAGGCGGCCGCUGCCAUCUGGAUCAACUGUUUCGGCCUAUUCGCGCUCCUCACCAUCUGCGGAUACGCCGGUCUGGUCAUCUACGCUAAGUACGAGCACUGCGACCCGCUGACCUCCAAGAGCGUGUCCACGCCCGACCAGCUGUUCCCGCUGUUCGUCAUGGACACCAUGGGACAGAUCCCCGGCGUGCCAGGAUUGUUCGUGGCGGGCAUCUUCAGCGGUGCCCUCAGCACGGUCAGCUCCGGCAUCAACUCUUUGUCGGCUAUCACAGUGGAGGACUUCAUCAAGCCCUUCACCAGCCGCGACAUCUCUAGCGAGAAGCAGGCCAAGUGGUCCAAGUGGCUGGCAAUCGGAUUCGGUUUGCUCUCGUUCGUACUAGUUUUUGUUGCUGAACAGCUUGGAGAUAUUCUACAGGCGGCGCUGAGCAUUUUCGGCAUGGUCGGCGGACCUCUGCUGGGUCUCUUCACCCUGGGAAUGUUUUUCCCUUGGGCUAACCAUAUCGGCGCAUUGGUAGGCACCUUUUCCGGCCUGAUCGUCAUAUUCUGGGUCGGAGUGGGCUUCCAGAUCGAGAAGGCGCUCGGUCGCAUCCACUCGACGAAGUUGCCCACCUCGAUCGACGACUGUCCGCGUUUCAACGUCUCUGAGAUAAUGACGACCACGACGCUGGCACCAUCGACGGCCACCGUCCCGGCACCCACCGAGGACCCGGGUGACGCGCUCGGCAUCUACUACCUCUCCUACAUGUACUACUCGGCGCUGGCCUCCUCCGUGGUGGUCAUAGUCGGCAUGCUGGUCAGCUUUGCCACCGGCACGCGCGACCCUCGCAAGAUGGACCCUCGCCUCAUCGUCCCGCUGGGCACUCGGCUGGGCUGUUGUCUGCCGGAACGGUGGAGGAGCGCGCUCAACUUCCACGUCGGAGAGGAGUUUGACACGGAGGACAUUGACGGUCUGGAAAUGAAGAAGGCGCCGCCUCCAUCCAAUGGCCACCACCACGACCCUGGCCACGAGAACUACGGGGGUCCUCAGCUGCGCAGCUACACAGAACUGGACAGCGACCGGUAGACGCCGGUGUAGACAGGAGAUAACGACCGGUAGACGCCGGUGUAGACAGGAGACACCGACCGGUAGACGCCGGUGUAGAUAGACAGCGAGCGGCAGACGCUCGUGGGGAGCUGUAGGACACAGCUCUGCACCCGCAGUGAGCUGUGUGUGUCGGACGGGGACCACUGUGGCUGGCCACAGCCGCCCGACCCGGCCCCCAGCGACGGCGACCAGUUUCAGACGCCGGCCGAUAGGUGUCGUGCAGGUCUACCAGCUCGGGCCCAUCCCCUACAUUCCGAGACAGUGCAGAAUGCCAGCUUCAUUCUGUGAGGUCUCAUUUUGAACUGUAUUCCAAGUGCAUGUGACAAGUGUAUGUGAGUUUGUCGCGGGUCCGUGUUUCCUGAUUCGUUGCAUUUUAGCGUUUUGGUGACGGAGAAGCUAACACAACGAUAGUUACUUCGUAGACUCGAGACCUUAGGCAUGAUGCGGAAGUCUGGGAGAAUGAAGUGUGGCGUCCUCCGUUCCGUGGCUUCUAUCCUCAGGACACUGAAAUCCUUCUCCUCCACGCCGCAACCCCCCUCCGGGCUGGACAGGCAACUUUAUCUUAUGCGGGCUGCUCCCUUGGAGCAGCACCGCUGCUCCCGAGGGAACACACCCGUAGCCGGGUUCAGUGAAUACCUUGGGGCUGGUCGGCCUGUCCAUUCGGCCGGGCGCAGCUCCGGUGACUCACUAGGGUGCCUGCCCAGAUCAAUUGUCUCCCCCUGAUUCCUAUCAUCCUCCCGGCUCUGAAAUGGUCUAAUUGGACCAAAAGGGUCGAACCCAACAAAACAAAACAAGCGAAGUCUGGGAGGAUGAAGUGCGGUGUGCUCAUGAUGUAUCUGGUGCGGCUGAUCGUACAUUAGGGGGUUGAUAGAUGGACAUUUUAUGCAAGCUCGAGGCUACCGUUUUAGAAGUAUUUAGACCCACUGCUAUAGCGGUGUUUCAUUUAGAUGCCACGAAAAGGUGAAGUUUUAUCACUUUUUGUCUACUUUAGAUGAAAUGCUAUCACAUAAAUCAUGUUUGAACUUUGAAGUCAAGUGACGAACAGCGGGCCAACAUACACGGUGUCAACAUAUUCCAUGCUGUCUUCCUGCUUGUUUUGUGUUGUGAAUGUGUGUCAGUUAUCAUGAGUGCUCAAAUAACAUGAGACACCGUUUA